AUGACAGCACAAAAUAAGUCGGUGACAGUGAAGGACAUCUGGCAUGGAUUGGAAGGUGUCUACAAAAAAGGACUGACUAGAGCAAUAGGCGUGUCGAAUUGGAACGGCGAACAAAUCGAACGUGUUCUCAAAACCGCUACCGUGCCCAUUCAUAACCUUCAGGUAGAGCUUCACCUUUACUGGCCUCAACAUGAACUUCACGAGAUCUGCAAGAAACAUAACAUUUCCCUUACUUCGUACGCCACUUUGGGAUCACCAGGACGAGCAAACUUCAUGGCUGAAUUCUGCUACGCUACGCCGUUGGACCGAGGAAUCGCCAUCAUUCCGAAAUCCGUAAAACCUAAACGAGUAGUCGAAAACUUCUCGAUAUUCGACUUUUCGUUGACCAACGACGAAAUUAAACUGCUCGAGUCUAACACCAAACAUCGCCAGAGGCUCUUUACAGACGAUUUCAUGAUUGGUCACCCAGAGGAUCCAUUCAAAAACGAGAGGAAAGCCUUGAAGCGAAGGCCUCGAAAUUGA